AGGCCCCAUUCUCCGGUAACAGGAACUCAGCCCAACGCUGCCACGUCUAAAUGCUUGAGCAUACAGCACCGGGGACUGUGUUUCACCCGGUUUGGACCAGGUAGGACCAGGAAAAGACAAACAUGACAUCGGCCACCGCCGCCGUGCAGGGACAGACAGGAGACAGGAGACAGGGGCGAUGCUGUGAGAGAGGGUGUUGGGGCAACGGGCUUGUUGCAGGGUUCUCUGAAGGUUAACCUGACCUGCAGGUUAACUGCCCAGGUUGAUGAAUACAGAAAGUAGGGCAUGUGGGUGUGCCUGCGGGCUGCAAUAAACUCUGGGACUGAUCUUGUCCUGUACUUCCGUGUCGCACUUAUGGGUGGGAAAAGGAAAACAGCUUGACAGAUCAACGUUUUUUCAACUUCUGGGAAAACUACCGGGUGAAGUGCGUCGAUGGGAGACGUGGCGACACGUGACACGCGCGCCGCUUCGGCGUGUCCCGGCGGGAGACAUGUUGUGUAGCAUUCACAAAGGAACCUGCUCUGCGUGCGUGGCCGCCGCCGGGUUCCUGUCCCUCGUGGGAGUCUGCCUCCUCUACCUGCCGGACCCGUUCGCCCUAGAGCCGCGUGUGUCCGUGUCCGCGCAGGAGCGCCCGGUGACGCUCCUGAUCUGGACCCAUCCGUUCGGCCGACACCAGACACUUCCAGACUGCUCUGCCCUCCGGCAGGUCGGCGGGUGCACGCUCACCGCCGACAGGAGCGCGUACCCGCGGGCGGACGCGGUGGUCGUCCACCACCGGGAGGUGGCCACCGGCGCCGCUGAGCUGCCGCCGGAACCGCGACCGUGCGCGCAAAAGUGGAUAUGGCUCAACUACGAGUCCCCCGCCCACACACCCGGACUGUGGCGCUUCGAGGGGGUCUUCAAUCUCACAAUGAGCUACCGGACAGAUUCGGAUAUUUUCCUGCCGUACGGGUAUCUGAUCCCCCGGGUGCGCGGAGCCAAGCAUGUGCCGAACCGCUCCACGCACCCGCUCCACAGCCCCCCGCGGUCACACCUCCUGCGGCCCCGCCUCCUGGCCUGGGUCAUCAGCAACUGGUCGGAGUCCCACGCACGCGUGGCCCUGUACCGCCAGCUCCGCCGGUACAUCCAGGUGGACGUGUACGGGAGCGCGGGCCGGCCGGUGCCGGAGGACCGCGGGGGCGGUGGCGGGAGCGGGAGCGUCGUGCGGCUGCUCGGGCGCUACCAGUUCUACCUCGCGCUGGAGAACUCGCAGCACACCGACUACAUCACGGAGAAGCUGUGGAACGCGGUGCUGGCCGGUGCCGUGCCCGUGGUCCUGGGUCCGUCCAGGGAGAACUAUGAGCGCUUCCUGCCCCCCGAGGCCUUCAUCCACGUGGACGACUUCCCCACAGUCCGGGGUCUGGCCCUGUACCUGCUGAUGCUGAGGCGGAACCCGAGCCGUCUCAGGCGGCACCUGGACUGGAGGGGGGGCUACAGCCUGCACCGGCCCGCCUUGUGGGCUGAACACUACUGCGCUGCCUGCAGGGCCACGAGGAGGACCAGAGGCAGGACGGACGUGGUCAAAGACCUGACCACCUGGUUUCGCUCGUGAAAAGAUCGUCAGCACUGGACUGAACUGAACUGGACUGGACUGAACUGAACUGAACUGGACUGGACUGAACUGAACUGAACUGAACUGGACUGGACUGGACUGGACUGGACUGAACUGGACUGGACUGGACUGAACUGAACUGAACUGAACUGAACUGAACUGAACUGGACUGAUCUGAACUGAACUGGACUGGACUGGACUGGACUGAACUGCAGGCACAGAGCUGAGAGAUCCAGAUCACUGACCCCUGCAGCAGAGGCAUGGAGGAAAAAGACAAACGGCUGCUUUCAAAGUUUAUGAAUGAAAUCUACUGAUGAGGGAGAACGUCGAUUCAAUUUAAAUGAUGACCUUAUUUAAAUUAUUUUAUCAAGUUAAUCCAGAAUGGUUUGUCACGUUUUAUGUUGAUGUCUUUUUCUUUUCUUUUUUUUACUUUUCCCACAGAUUAAAGUUGUUUCUGCAAAUAAGUAAGAAUAAAUCUAACAACACCGUC